UCGAAUAGUAUAGUGCACCUGGUGCAUAGCCCUUGCUGCCACGCUUCAAGUGGCGGUCGUUUGCUUCCAUGGUGGUGAAGAACUUUGCCAACGAGCGCAGCAAGCUGAUUUCGGACACGCUCCAUGACCUUUUUGACGGAGGAACAUAUUGCGAAGUUUGUCAUCAAGGCUUGUGGACUUCGCGAUCGCUGCAGAGAUCUUUGAGAGCGCCUGCAGGAAUGAUGAAGAUCAUCUACAUUGUCGACUUCGGGACCUAUUAUGGAUGCUUGUUGCUUGUGACGCACGAAGUUGAAGUGGAUUACCGUGCUGGAUGGUUGCUCAACCAGAAACACUGCGCAUCUCACAAAGGCGAGGAGGAGAAGCAGGACGAGUCUGCAUGUGAGCAAGAGAAGCCGGGCUGCUUUGGAUGACAAGGUGCUGCAUCGCGAUCAGGCCGACAGAUCGUGAAGGAGCAAAAUGCGCUCUUCAGCUGAUGCCAGAGACACCAUCGCUUGGCCGUGAAAAGUGGCAAGCAAGGGCUGG